AUGUCGGAGUAUCCUGUCCCGCAAACUGCAAAACCCACAAAACCGCCACAUUCCUCGACGACACUAGUAGGAUCACAAAUCAAAAUGACUAUCAUGAGCACUUCCUCUGGCAAUUGCCGAUGGCGCCGCGAAGACAAGGACAAUGAAAUCUCCCGCAAAUGCUCUAGUGCGCCUCAAGUGUGGGGCGAAAAGAAUGCGCACGAAAGGAUCAGAGAUGACAAGUUCUCAUCCCAGCUUUCGAUCGAUUCCCGACUACAAAAUGGCGACAAGCGCAUUCCCACCUCCCAAUUAAAAGGAGGAAGCACAUCCAUUGUUAUACGGCGGCAUACGAAGAGACGGCGCGUUCAUUUUGGUCGGUUCUCCGAGGUAUACGAACUGGACGCUGACAACGAACAAGUAACCGCAGAAAUUGGCUGGUACAGUCGCAAAGAACUUUUCCAAAUGAAAGUUCGCGCGAAGCGUCUGCCUAAGGCCGGCUCCAGCAUUGACGUUUUGUCUGAUGCAUACGGAGCCAACGUCGAAGAGAACGACAUCGUUCAACGGCUUGGCGCGAGCGAAGAUUUUCAGGAUCGUCGAGGUCUAGAACUGCUAUCUUCGGAGCAUCAUUGCUUUUCUCGGAACCUGACUAUUUGCUCGGUCAAGGGCGAAGUUCUAUUGGAACAGGCCAGUCAGGUGAUACAAGGAAAAAGCGAUGCCGUGAAGAUUGCCAAAGCGUACGCAUAUGCAAGUGAACCGGCAGUACGCUUUGCUCGUCUUCUAGGAAUCGUUGACGCACUCACAACUGGUAAACAAAUGGGCACCUUGGAAAGUGACUCCAGUCUUUAUUCGAGCAAAUUGUCGCAUCUCUCAAAUCACUCUGCCUUUUCCAGAAAGGGUGGCCGAACAACUGACUUUACGCUACCCGGAAAGAUGGGGUCUGUUCAGAAAUUCGUCGAAGGCAAAUAUCACUUUUUUGUACUUCGUUCAUCCUGGGCUAUGUCUCUCAUGAGCAUUGGUUUUCAUACGAAAGAGGAAUUGAUGGAGAUUGUUUCGGUUGGUUUAAUCAAGCUACUUUCGUACUCGGAUCGCAGUGCAAAACCCUCUCACAAGCAUCUGUUUCAUACGAAAGAGGAAUCGAUGGAGGUAAUUUCUGUCAGAUUGGUCGCUGUCUUAGUGCAAUUUCACCACAGCAAGCGAAAUCCUUGUUUUGUUCCGGACUGCCUCGUGUAUUUACCAAAUCACUACUAG